UUACCACUCACCAGCAACACCCUCGUUUCUACGCCAUGAAAACGACAAUACCACUUCAACCGUGAGCAACGCCCAAACCGGACCGUCCAUCCGCACUCACCCACCCACCCACCCACCCACACACACACACACACACACCAUGUCAUCCCACGCAAUCCACCACGCGCUCCUGCGCCCCUGCGUCCUCCACAUCCUGCGCGCGGCAGGCUACCACUCGACCAAGCCCUCCGUCCUCGACGCGCUCACCGACAUUGCAGGUCGAUACAUGCUCCUCCUGGCCACCUCGACCGCGAACCACGCCGCCGCCGACCCGACGGAGCUGGGGAUCUCGAUCGCGGAUGUAAGGCUGGCGAUGCAGGAUUGCGCGGCGUUUGUGCCGGAGAAGGUGUGGGAGGAUCAGGUGUUUGAUGGGGAGGAGGAUGUCAGGGGCGUGGAGGUGUUUGUGGAGUGGGCGAGGGGGGAGGCGAAUAGGGAGAUUAGGAGGGUGGCGUUGGAGGGGGGGGAUGAGGGGAGGGAUGAUUAUUUGACGACGCUGAAGAAGAAACAUGAUAAGGGUGAUGAGGAGAGUAGGUAUACCGGCACGAUUAUCGGGCACGAGGCGGAACCGAGGGUGAUUCCGGUGGAGGGAGGCGAUAUCACGAGUUUGAAGGAGUGGGCGGAUAUACUGCAUAAGAAUGCGACGAGACAGGUUGUCAGCUCUGAAGACACAUCGCGGAGACAGUCGUCGGAACUCAGCUCGGUGGGCGAUGGCGAUCAGGAUAUGGAAGGGAUGGUUUUUUCUUAGGGUCAUUCGGGACGGAAACACAAACACAACACACGGAACUUGCAUAGCGGAAGGCGUCACGGCGAACCCGGAUUUGAAAAAACACACAAGCACCAACAAAUUCAUCAACACGAAAAACCUCUCCAUUUCCUGCUCUCUAUCCACCCGUGACGACACCCCUACACCGCGCCCGUAUCCUCAUCCGCCUCCCUCACCCUCCCCCCCCAUCUACAUCCCCCCC